AUGCGCUUCUUCUCUAUGUUCGGCGGUCUCCUGCUUGCGGGGGCUGCGCUUGCUCAGAACACCAGCUGCUCUCCCAAGUCAUCGGACGCCGCAGUCGUCGAAUACGCCUAUGCACUACAGGGCCUGCUUGAGAGAUACUAUACCUCCCAACCCAUCAACCAGACCUUCUUGCAAACUGCCACCAACGGUUCCAGACUCGAAUACUACCAGAACCUCCUCGGCAUCCAGAGACAGAACCGUCUGGGCGUCCGGGCUCUGCAGGUUGUUGGCGCCAAAGUCCCUGGCUACUCGAACCCAAGAUGUAACUACUCGGUCCCAAGGGCUUCCAGCGGCGAGCAAUACGUGACAAUUGCCCUCGGGCUCGAGGCCGACGUUGCCGCCGCUUUCAUCGGCGCCACUGCAUACACCCAGUCCCCGGAAGUCUCCUUUAUACUGGCCAGACUGGCAGCCGUGCACACUGCCGAUACAACUUGGCUCGCCGCGGGGCAGAAGGGCAUCAUCUUCCCAUCCAACACUUCGUCUUUGGUGCCCGCCUUCAACCCGGCCUAUGUUCUCGGCUUGGGCAAUGAGACUGGACGACUUGGCCGGUACCUUCCGAACUGCGUGUCGGCGCCUUCGAGCCCUUGCGACCAGCCUUUCUUCAUUGGCCCGCUCGUUGGUAGCGUUGGUAACCGGACUUCUGCGGCCGCGGGACCUUCUAGCUCCGUCCCCUCUCCUUCUAUCUCUCCCACUGCUGCGGCGAGGAACCGUUUCGCCAUAUAA